AUGGCCUGGCGAUGCAGCGGCUUCAGCAACGCAGAGCUCAUCUCCAACCUCGCCAACCACGGCAUAUUCCACUCAGACAGAGUAGCAGCCGCAAUGUCAGCCGUUGAUCGCGCCAACUACGUCGUCGAUAAAUCAGAUGCAUACGAUGAUUCACCACAACCAAUCGGGCACGGGGCGACGAUCAGUGCUCCCCACAUGCACGCAUGCGCAUCAGAGCACCUCCUUCCGUACCUCAACCCAGGAUCCCGCGUUCUAGACGUAGGCAGUGGCUCGGGGUACCUCGCCGCCGUGCUGCACCACCUCGUCUCACCAGGUGGUAAAGUCGUCGGCAUCGACCACAUCCCUGCAUUGGUGGAUUGGUCGGUCCAAAACCUGAAGAACGACGGACUGGGAGGUGCGAUUGAUAAAGGCGAAAUUGUGAUGGUGGCUGGGGAUGGAAGGGAGGGGUAUGCGAGUGCCGGCCCCUAUGACGCGAUCCACGUCGGCGCGGCAGCAGCUAACGUCCCCCAAUCUCUCAUCGACCAGCUUGCGAGUCCAGGACGGAUGUUCAUCCCUGUAGGGACUUUUAUGCAAUUCAUCGAACAGAUCGAUAAAGACGAGAAUGGGAAGUUGACGAGGAAGAAGGUGAUGGGUGUUAGGUAUGUCCCGUUGACGGAUAGGGAGAAGCAGACGGAUGAGCUCUGAAGCCUGCGCCCUCUCCCUUUC